GUUUAGAGCCAUGUGCUUCAAGGACACACCACGUGCUGUUCGUAGUCUUCGCUUCAUUACUUAGCACGCAAAUUUUCGCAACAGAUAUGAGGCAGUUCACCAAGCAUGGCAAAAUUGUAUGGAUCAGUUGCCUCAAGCACUCUCAAUCAAAGCAUUUUGGAAGUCCCUUAAUUCGUUUAUGCAGAUUCACAACCCCCGUCAGAUGCCACACCAUCAUUCAAUGCGCCGUCGUAGGAAGCGGCCCUGCAGGAAUGUAUUGCGCGCAACGACUUUUAAAAGGCUUGGAGAGAGUCAAGAUUGACAUCUAUGAAAGCCUUCCAGUCCCAUUUGGACUGGUUAGGUAUGGGGUCGCACCAGAUCAUCCAGAAGUGAAGAAUGUCACGAACACCUUUACCAGUAUACUUUCUGAGGACAGGGUGGAGUUCUGUGGCAACAUUCACAUUGGGAAAGAUGUGAGAACAAAAAUGUUGCAAGAGGCUUAUCACAUUGUGAUAUUGAGUCACGGUGCAGAUGCUGAACGAGUUCUUGGAAUCCCAGGGGAAUCCACUGCAAAGAAUGUAAUAUCAGCCCGGGAAUUUGUUGGCUGGUACAAUGGUCUGCCUCAAAACAGAUGCAUGCAGAACAAGCUUGACCUUGAAUGUGAAGAGGCUGUGAUUGUUGGUAUUGGGAAUGUGGCACUUGAUGUAUCCAGGAUCCUCCUCUCACCAAUUGACCUGUUGGCUGAGACUGACAUUACAGAGGAGAGCUUGGAAGUGUUGAAGAAAAGCAAGAUUCGACGAUUAACUCUACUGGCACGCAGAGGUCCUCUUCAAGUUGCCUUUACUAUUAAGGAGUUCAGAGAAAUGACAAAAAUACCUGAUGUACUCACCAUCUUUGACCAACCAGAAAUGGUCUCCAGCCUUCAGUCUGUCAUCCCUGAUCUCCCUCGUCCAAGAAAACGCCUGAUGGACCUCAUGCUGCAGACAUCAAAAGCUACAGUACCUGCUGCCAAAAAGGAGUUUCAUAUCAGAUUUCUCCACUCACCUACCUCUUUCAAUGUUGAUGAGGAUGGAAAACUAUGUUCUGUCACUUGUGCUAUCAAUGAACUUCAUCCAGAAACAAAGAAGGUACUCAGUACAUCUAGUCAGAACACUAUCAUGGGUGGAUUGGCAAUGAGGAGCAUUGGAUAUCAGGCAAUUCCACUAGAAUCAGAAUUACCUUUUGAUGUUCAUCAAGGCAUCUACAAGCAUCAAGUUGGGAGACUGGAAGGAAUGCCAGGUACAUACUGCUGUGGCUGGGUGCAGACUGGUCCUGAGGGUGUCAUUCUGAGUACAAUGAGCAAUGCUUUUGCCCUCUCUGGCACUAUCUUAAAGGACUUGAAAUCCAUGAGGAUUGAGGAAAAGCCUGGGCUUGAUAUUGUCAAGAACUACCUCAGUGCUCAAGGUCACCCUGUGGUAUCAUUUGAGGGUUGGAGAAAGAUUGAUGCUGAAGAACAGAGAAGAGGGAAAGCAAAAGGGAAGCCAAGGGAGAAAAUGACAGAUGUAGGAGAGAUGAUCCAGAUUGCAAUAUGAUGAUUCCAUGAAAUGAUAUUAUGUUAAUUGCUUUGACUGCAAACCUUUACUAAUAUAUCCCUACAGAUUGACAUUUUAUGAUACA